UACAUAUGUUCACAAAAUGCGUUUGAGAAUGAAAGAAAGGAAUGGGAAUAAUGACGUGUCAAAUAGGAUCUGUCAAUAGAGAGAAUACGUGACCUGGAACAUAAAAUUGCUGCAGUGCUCAAUGGAAGUGUCACCAACCUCAAUGGAUCACAGUUUAUUUAUCCAUUCACCCAUGGAAUGUCCAUUGUGACCAGAUUUUGGCCGUGAUGAAGAAAGCUGCUAUGCACACCUGUGGGCAGGGUUUUAAGUGGACGGAUCAUUUGUUCAGCCUUGAUGGCCUUUCAGGACCUCCUGGAUCAAGUUGGAGCCCUGGGAAGAUUCCAGAUCCUUCAGAUGGUUUUCCUUUGUAUCUCCAACCUCAUAGCGUACCCUCAUGUUCUAUUAGAGAACUUCACUGCAGCUAGCCCUGGUCACCGUUGCUGGGUCCACGUCCUCGACAAUGACACUGUCUCUGCUAAUGGCACUGGGAUUCUCAGCCAAGAUGCCCUCCUGAGAAUCUCCAUCCCACUGGACUCAAACUUGAGGCCAGAGAAAUGUCGUCGCUUCAUCCAUCCCCAGUGGCAGCUCCUUCCCCUGAAUGGGACCUUCUUCAACAUGAGUGAGCGGGACACGGAGCCCUGCGUGGAUGGCUGGGUGUACGACCAAAGCUCCUUUCCCUCCACCAUCGUGACUAAGUGGGACCUGGUCUGUGAAUCUCAGUCACUGAAAUCAAUGGCCAAAUUCUUAUUCAUGACUGGAAUGCUGGUGGGAGGCAUCAUAUUUGGCCAUUUAUCAGACAGGUUGGGGAGGAGGUUAAUUCUCAGGUGGAGUUACCUCCAGCUGGCCAUUGCUGACACCUGCGCAGCCUUUGCUCCCACCUUCGUCAUUUACUGUGUGCUCCGCAUCUUGGCUGGAUGUUCUACCAUGUCCAUCAUGACAAAUACUACUAUGUUGUUUGUAGAAUGGACAGAACCCCGACUGCAAGCCAUGGCAAUAGCAGUGGCUAUCUGUGCCGCUUGUGUGGGACAGAUGACCCUGGGAGGACUGGCUUUUGCCAUUCGAGACUGGCACACCCUUCAGCUAGUGGUUUCUGUACCAUUAUUUGUCUUUUUUCUUUUCUCAAGGUGGCUGACAGAGUCUGCUCGGUGGCUGAUUAUCACCAACAAACCUGAGGAGGGCUUAAGGGUACUUAGAAAAGCUGCACACAGGAAUGGAAGGAAGAAUGCUGGAGAAGCCCUCACCAUGGAGGUUUUGAGAUCCACCAUGCAAGAGGAGCUGGAGGCAGCACAGAAAAAACUUUCUGUGCGUGACUUGUUCCACACACCUAUCCUGCGUAGAAGGAUCUAUUUUGCAUCCUUUGUGAGAUUUGCAAACUACAUGCCCUUUUUUGGCCUGACUCUCCAUCUCCAGCACAUGGGGAGCAAUGUUUUCCUGUUCCAGGUUAUCUUUGGCAUGGUCAACCUCCCCGCCAAUUACAUUGCAUUCUUGGCACUGAAUCAUAUGGGCCGUCGAGUAAGCCAGGUGCUUUUCAUGUCCUUACUUGGAAUCUCCAUUCUGACCACCACAUUUCUGCCUGAAGAAAUGCAGACCCUGCGUGUUAUUUUGUCAACUUUGGGAGUAGGUGUUUCUUCUGCAACUGUCAUGUGUUCUUCUACCCAUGGAAAUGAGCUACUUCCUACUGUAAUCAGGGCAACAGCUAUGGGAAUCCUGGGACUUGCUGGUAGUAUUGGAGCAGCGCUGGCUCCCCUCUUGAUGAUCCUAACCAUUUAUUCUCCCCACCUGCCCUGGAUCAUGUAUGGAGUCUUCCCCAUCCUCGCUGGUCUUGUCGUACUCCUCCUUCCUGAAACCAGGAAUCAGCCUCUGCCUGACUCCAUCCAGGACGUGGAAAAGGAGAGAAAAGGCCCAAGAAAAGCAAAGAAGGAAGAUACCUUCAUGAAAGUGACACAGUUUUAAGGAGUUCCAGGAACUAACUGCUAAUCAAAGAGCAAAAUAGAGGAAGGAAAAUCAGGAUCAUCCGCAGAUACUGGAAAACUCUGUAAAAUAAAUAAAAUAAAAAGAUAUAAUGGAAUCAUGGAUCCCAUUUACAAUUGCAGUACUAAGUAACUAUAUAUAAAAUGCUUACAAUUAAUCAUGAGAAGUUUGAGGAAAGUCAUAAUUCUUAAAAAUCUGUUUUAUUACUGAAGUCUCAUUGACAUAUAAUGCUAAAUUAGUUUCAGGUGCACCAUAUAGUGAUUUGACAAUUCUAUAAAUUAAAAGUCAUAAUAUUUUAAAAGGAGUCAUGGUAAAAUAUGUGUAAAAUUGUAGAUGUCUAGCAUGUUUCUGGUUGAAAGGAUAGAAUAGCAUUAAAAACACUGAUUCUGUUCCAAUUAAUUGGUAGAGUAAUUGACAGAAUAAUUACAAUGCAAAACUCUAUUCUUUUGGGACAACUCAAAAAAGAGUUCCAAAUGUAUGUACAAAUUACAUAAUAUACAAAUAUACAAAUUAAUAAUAGACAAGAUGAUUGAACAAAAAGAGGCUCAUGGAGGGAGGGUGCGGCAGGUGUUUUGGGUAGCAUAUGCUAAAAUGAGAUGCAGUAGGCCUAAAACACAAAUAACAGAUGCAUUGACAAAUCCAAAGAAGUCCAGAAUGAUAUGGUAGCAUGUAUGACACAUAAAUUUUAUAAUUAGGGCAUUGUAAAUCAAUGGUAAAGAUGAAUGAGUCCCAUUAACUGACUUUAUAAAUAAAUGCCUAAUAGUUUAACUUCUUUCUCUAAACUAAAAAAAUACUCCAUGUGAUUAAAAAGAUAUAUAUAACAAUUAAACCAUGUUAUUCAAUACAAAACCUGGCUACAAAAUCUUGGGGUUACAAAAAUAUUCUGAAUAGUAAAGCAAAUGCCAGAAAGGUAAGUAGAAAUAGAUCAGACUAAAUACUCACUUAAAACCUCUGUUGGCGGGGCGCCCAGCUGGCUCAGGCAGUUAAGCAUCUGCCUUCGCUCAGGUCAUGAUCCUGGAGUCUUGGGAUCCAACCCACAUGAGCUCCCUGAUCAGUGAGGAGUCUGCUUGUCCCUCCCCCCACUCAUGCUCUCUCUCUCUCUCUCAAAUGAAUAAAUAAAAUCUUUUAAAAAAUAAAACCUCUGUUGGACCAGCCCUAGAGAUAGAAGACAUCUAGAAUAACAUUCAUUAAAAUGAUAAAAACUGUUAACCUCAAGUGGUGUACCUUUAUGAGAUUUUUCUUUUCUUUUUUUGUAAGUUUCUAUAUUCUAAGUUUAAAAAGGAUAAUGCAACAUUUUAAAAUAUUAUAAGGAAUCAUGAAAAAUAAAUUGCAGGGUGCCUGAGUGGUUCAAUUGGUUAAGAGUCCAACUCUUGAUUUCAGCUCAGGUCAUGAUCUCGGUUGUGAGAUCAAGUCCCGCACUGGGCUCCAAGCUAGGCAUGAAGACUGCUUAAGAUUCUCCCUCUCUAAAUAAAAAAAAUAAAAAAAAAAAGGGAUCCCUGAGUGGCGCAGCGGUUUGGCGCCUGCCUUUGGCCCAGGGUGCGAUCCUGGAGACCGGGAUCGAAUCCCAUAUCGGGCUCCCGGUGCAUGGAGCCUGCUUCUCCCUCUGCCUGUGUCUCUGCCUCUCUCUCUCUCUCUCUCUCUCUGUGACUAUCAUAAAUACAUAAAUUUAAAAAAAAAUUAAAAAAAAAAGAUUCUCCCUCUCCCAGGACACUUUGGUGGCUCAGUGGUUUGAGGAUCUGCCUUUGGCUUGGGUUGUGACCCUGGGGUCCUGGGAUUGAGUCCCACAUCAGGCUCCCCUCAAGAAGCCUGCUUCUCUCUCGGCCUAUGUCUCUGCCUUUCUCUGUGUCUCUCAUGAAUAAAUAAAUAAAAUCUUAAAAAAAAAAGAUUCUCCCUCUCCCUCUGCUCCUCCCCCCUCAAAAAAAUUGCAAAAGACAAAUAAAAAAUAUUCAAAAUGGAUCUAUAUUAAUAUGCAUAUCUAAUAAAUAUUCAUGAAAAGAAUACAUAAUUCAAUAUUAAAUAGUCAAAAGGUAGGAGCGUAUAAUUUUCAAAAGAAAAAAGUCUCAUAAUAAUGCAAAAUUGUACAAAACCACUGGGAUUUGAAGCCAUUCAAACUAAAAUAAAAGACUUGUAAAUAGAAAUGUAUUAAUUGAUGACAGGGCAUGCUAUAGAAAUGCUUAAAACACUGGAUGAUGUCAUCAUAAAGAGCUUUGCAAACCUUUAAUUAACUCAGUAAUCAUUUAUUCAGCAUAUAACCGUUACCAAGCAGUACGCUGAGAACCUUGGAUACAAAGAAGAAAUGAAGAAAAAAGGCAUAAGAGCAGCUGUAGCAGUGAUCAGUCCACAUGUGCGAGUGUGACAUCACAUUUUUAUUUUUUAGGGCAACAAAAUUUUAUUUUUAACUCCCAUCCCCUCCAGUUGGCAGAAAAUUGCAACCAGUUAGUUAUUUUCACAAAGCUUUCAUAUCAGGGCUAUCUAGAUUUCAGGGCACAUACUUUGGCAAGAUAGUGAGGUGACAACAGGGAGGGGCUACAGUGGUUGUCUAUGUUCAAAAUCCCCAAAAUAAGAAAAAAUUGCACAAUGUAAAUGACUUAAAAUACACACACACACACACACUUGCACAUACUUCUUACAGAACUGUGCUCAGGGUAAUGCCAUUUGUUGAGUGCCGCUGUGGUCGUAUUUUGUUAAACUGCUGCUCUGGAUAUUUUUGUUUGAAAAACCUAUCAAAGUAGGGCACAGUUGUUUCCUGGAUGAGCAGAAACGAAAGAUGCUUCUGGCAAGCAGAAAGUGUUAAGGUCUUUCAAGUUGUACAAAAUGGACCUGAAGAAUCAUUUAAGUGUUCUCAAGAUGCAAAGUUGGAGCUGAUAUAUCCAACCAGUUGCAAAAAGUGUACAGCAGCCACCUCUUGAGGUCAAACCUGGUACCAGGCAUGCAAGGAAGCUCCAGGAUACCUAGCAUGUUGGUUUUGUUCCAUAUCAUCAUCACAUCAUUUGAUCAUGUGUGAAUUUCACCAAAGAUUCAUAUUGUUCUGCUAGUUUUGUAUUGCAGAUUUGCUUAUACUCCUCCUGAAUUUUAUCUUCAUGGUCUUUUAAGAGACACUCACAUAUUAUUCCCAUUUGUCAGAGGGUACGGCUGAGCUGGUCCUUCUUCAUCCAGAAGGAACCUGGACAACAAGCUGCUAUGAAGGCCAAGGAAUGAAGCUGACUCUCUGAAGUACAAGCUUCACAAGAACAACUUCUAAAUGUCUCCACUUCUGAUAAUGACUGUAUUCUUGUUUUAUGUUCUGAAAAAUUUAUCUGGGUGUUGGUGGGCUCUGGCUGGGCGUCUGGGGCUGAGGCCAGGAGCAGGACCAGGCAGAGAGGUGCAGAGGCAACUGGGGGCCAACCUCCAGCUCCUCAGCAGGGUUUGCCUAUAAUCUUUAAUUCCCAGUGAAAAUAAAGAAGUUAGCAAUUGUGGUCUGUCUGUUACACUGGCAUUCUGUGGGUUGGCAGAUUUAUAAAUACAUGUCCUAAUUUCCGGCAGUAUAUUUUUCUUCGAGGAAAAUUUUUCAAUGUGGCACAAAACACGUUUAACAACAGACCCAAAUAUCUUUAGUUCUUCUGUAAAAGGAAGUUAUUCUUUUUAUGAAAAGAAUAAACUUGUGUCUGAUAAUGUGUCAGUAUUUUAUCUCAUUUGGAAAUUAUUCAGAUAUUUAAUGAAUAUCUAUCAUUUAACUUGUCUCAGGAUAACUUCAAAGUUUCAAACCAAAAAAAAAUAUUGGAAACUGUUUUUAAAUAGAUGUACCAUAAUGCAUAAUUAUUGUUGCAAAUGUAAUUUAUAAUCUUUUAUCUCAUGGCUAGUGAAUUUGUUACUUGUUUUAACAAUAUGUUUAGAUCACUCAUGAAGAUUUCAUGAGACAUUAAACAGCUCUGAUCUUAAGUUAUUUUCUUGCUGACAAAUCUUGUAACAGAAAUAACAGGAGUGUAUGUGACUUUUAGUAAACUUAGGUGGAAUAAGAAUUGUUUGCGUUAUAUUUAAUGCUGAUAGCUCUAAAGAAAUGCCUAGU